AUGUACAGGAAGGACCGUGAACAAGACAGCCCGUCGGCUCCAGUAAAUGUCACAGUCAAACACCUGAAAGCCAACUCAGCCGUUGUGACUUGGGAUGUUCUGGAAGAUGAAGUUGUCAUUGGAUUUGCAAUUUCCCAACAGAAGAAGGACGUGCGGAUGCUGCGCUUCAUCCAGGAGGUGAACACCACCACCCGCUCCUGUGCCCUCUGGGACCUAGAGGAGGACACUGAGUACAUUGUGCAUGUCCAGUCCAUCAGCAUCCAAGGCCAGAGCCCUGCCAGUGAGCCAGUCCUCUUCAAGACCCCCAGGGAAGCUGAGAAACUAGCCUCUAAAAAUAAAGAUGAGGUGACAAUGAAGGAGAUGGCGAAGAAAAACCAACAGCUGCGAGCAGGGGAAAUUCUCAUCAUUGUUGUGGUGUUGUUUAUGUGGGCAGGGGUGAUCGCCCUGUUUUGCAGACAGUACGAUAUCAUCAAAGAUAACGAGCCAAAUAACAGCAAGGAGAAAGUCAAGAGCGCCUCGGAGAACAGCACUCCCGAGCACCAGAGCGGAGGGCUCCUCCGCAGCAAGUUUCCAAAAAACAAGCCCUCAGUGAAUAUCAUUGAAGCGUGACAGCCUGCCAUCUCAUAGAUGGACUCCAUUCCUCACUCUCACUUUCUGCCUCUGAGCCUUGAUGACUAGGGAGGUGAAAUAUUGUUGGAGCAAUUUGGAAAGAGACCUAGUGAUUGUCACUUGCUGGCAUACACCUCCUUGUCUGCGUUCUGCAAAACAUCUGGCCAGAAAGAAAAAUCCUGCAAAAAAACCCUGAAACCCAAACAAACAAUUAAAAUGGAAAAGCAUCGGUGAGACAGCUGCUGCCGGUGAUCCUGUACUGGACUCAUGAAUCACCCGGGCUGGAGCAACUUCUCACGCACUCCUCUCCACUCCUCACACUCCGUCUUCUGGAACAAUUUUCCUGUCUUUGGAAGUGUACAAGGUUUUGUUGUAUCUUUAUUUUGUCUCACUGUCACUACAUCUUGACAGUAUUAACGUGAGCUCAGGCAUCAGUUACUGUCACUCCUCUCCAAGCAAGAAAGGAGGAAAGCUCAUCGCAGACACGACUAGCAACCAGAUUUUGGCUGCUGUGUGCUCUCGGCUUGCUUUGUUCCAUUGAUAUGUGUUGUGUAACACGUCUUGCAGGUGGGUUUUUAAAACAAAAAAAAA